AUGGUGACAAUUUGGGGUGGGGCACUUAUUCGAAGGAGGGAGCUUAUUUGGAGGUGCGCGCAAAAUCGAGAAUUUACAGGAAAAGACCUUUGGAGACGACACGGUAGAUUGAUUAGUACAUUCUAGAAAAUUAUGUGCGAUGCGUUAGACUUUCGAUAAAACCGUAGAACACUAUUUUAAAACUUUCUCACAAAGGAUUUAAAAUGUUUCCCAGCAAAAAAGGUUCGUCAAUAACCUUCAGUAAGACGAUACGUUUGAUGCCUAAUUUCAAACUUACAACAGGGCUAAAAAACCGAAGAGAAUUAAGUUAUAAAAUAAAAUUAAAAUAUAUCUUUAGCUUAAUUUCUCUUCUUGAAUUUAAUUCUGUAGACUUGGAGCUCAUUUACGCAAUGGCUUUGUAGGAACGGAGCAGGAUUUUGAAGUGGCAAAAAUCAUAUCUCAUGACAGCCAUCACGUUCCUGUCGCAAAUGCUUAUGAUAUCGCCAUGGUAAAACUUAAGAGGCCUGCAAGAUUAGACAGAGCUGUUAAUCUGGCAUGUUUACCGCAGUCAGGAGGAAGAGUCAAAAAUCGGAAGAUGUGUUGGGUAACAGGUAUGCUUGAGGAAAAGAAUAUUAAGGCUGGCUGGGGAGGGAUUAUUGUAAAAUCUGUCAGCGAAAUUAUUUUCGGCUUUGCCGCAAGACUUCACAAAGGGUUUGGUUUCUUUUACUGAGUUUUGUACUCAAGCUCGUUUUAGAGUAUUAUAUACUAUAAAUUUAGAGUUUUUUUGGCUGUUAAGUUUUUUUGACGUUUGUAUAAUGGCACCCUUAUUAUACUAGGUUUCGGAAAGCUGUCAUCAGGUGGGCCAUACGCUACUGCGCUUAUGCAAGUUGAAGUUCCAAUUGUAUCAGAUAACAAAUGUGCUGCUGGUUAUGGUUCAGACCUUCAUGAAUCCAUGAUUUGCGCUGGAUAUAAAGAGGGAGGAAAGGAUUCCUGCCAAGCAGAUUCAGGUGGACCACUUGUCUGUGAGAGAAAUGGACAGUUUGUUCUCGAGGGCGUGGUAUCGUGGGGUCACGGAUGUGCCUGGCCUAAGAAAUAUGGGGUCUACGCUAAUGUGCGCUUCUUAAAGCAAUGGAUUGAUGAUACUAUGAAAAAUAACUAACAUACCCAAGUGUACAUGAGUACAUGGGUUACUGGAUAACAAAGAAAUAAAAAAAUCAAAUUAUUGAUUUGCGUUUCUGAAUGUCCAUGCAGGUUUUUAACCCUUUCAAAAAAAAACUCCCAUUCAAAAAUAGUGCUGAAUGUAAACAUUAGUAAACUCCUCAAAUUAAAACGAGCUAGUGCUACAGGUAGAUCGGCUACAAAAAACCUUGCGCGAAGGCUACGAGCAAACCCCAUAAAACUUUUCCUUCUAUUUUAAGGGAAAAUUUUAUAUGACUAGCCUGUGUACAGACGUCCCCCCUCCCUCUCCCGAUUUUUCCUUGAUCAUGAGGGAGGGGGACGUAUGUACACAGGCUAUAUGACAGAUAACAUGAACAUUACGAGAUAUGCUGUUGCAGUCGGUUCUGUAAUGUCAUACUUCAUCAUUUAUUCAUUGAUCGAAUGCCACCAAUAGCAAACAAAAUAUUUCAAAAACUAUCCAUGUAUUGUUUAAUUUUGGAGACACACAGUCCUUCAGGCUAAAAAGAUAUAUUUUUCCUUGUCGCUCAAUAUCACAGAUUUGAAGAAAUAAAAGGUAGCAUAAACUGCCAUUUACGCGCGGUAACCACUUAGAGAACUGCUAAUAGUUGGACAGCUUUAUAACUGAGACUCAUCCAGGAGAAUUUUUGCCGUAUGAAGCAAAUUAAGCUGUUUCCAGUUCCUGCCCAAAAAGAACCAAAAAUACCCAAAAACGUUGUUUACAAGUCGAGCUCUAUGCAUGCGUUGAUUUCUGAUGGCAAAGAACGGCCUCCGAAGUUCUGCAUGCGCAGAAGGCCAAAUUUCGCUCCCAUCCCUGAAACGUUUCUGCGGUAGGCAAACAUACUUCUCGAUUUUGGAGUUGGGUGGAAUGUUAGGGGCAAAGUAAAGUAAUUAAAAGUAAAACUUUAUUUACACAAGGUAACCCAUUCAGCUCAAAGGCUGGUCUCCAUAGUGGCCCUGUAUCUUAAAAAUUAAUUCACCUUCAGAAUUAUUAUAAAAUAUUACAUUUCAAAGCCUAAAAUAUAAUAAAAAUUUCAAGUCAUGAUAAGAAGAAAUUUCUUGCUCGGCGGCAGAACGUCUAAAUCUUAUCACCCUUCACGAUGUCUAAGGCGAGUUUAUUAAAACAUUUUGCGCCAGUAAACAGAAAGGUUCUUUCCCCAAGAUUCUGCUUAACUUUUGGUAGAGAUAGCCUCAUACUUUGCCAUGUGGAAUAAUUUCCUAUUUGACCCCGUUUUUUGCCUUUUUCCCCCACUGCGGAACCUGGUCCCAGGCUAGGCAGAUCUAUUCUGUAGGCGCUGUAGUCUAUCCAUGUCUUGUUGUAGAAGAUUACUCCAAGCGAUGUCACAGUAGUAAUCAAAUAAUGAAAGAAUUAAAGUGUUGUGAACAAGUGUUGCUGCCUCUUUUGUGACGAAACUUCUAACAUAGACCACAUCCAAGUUUAGGCGUUUAAAAAGAGAAAAGAGACAUUUUAAAGUUUUUUUUUGAAAAGAUUUAGAGCCGUUUAGGUUAUUUAUCAAAUUUCGUAAUUCAUCCUUUCUGUGCUUUAUUCCUUGGCGUUAAUAUCAUAGAGCUUAGCCAACGAGAAAGGUGACAGCAGAGAAAACUUCACGUAUAAUCAGAUGAAGUGAUUUCGCGUUCUUUCCUUUUAGAAAUUUGGACUAAUUAUCGUGGAGUUGAAUGGUUAGGGACUGCAGCAUUCAAGUUUAAAAAGAGAGAGUCGUCGUGGUCGAUAUGGAUCCUCAUGGAACGUCGUAUAUACAGUUAAGGAGGUUUCAGUUGUUUAAGAGUCCUUCAAGUCAUUUUGUGCUAAAUAGAUGAGUGGAAAGCCGAAUCCUUUUAUUCCUUGGAAAGGGGUAUUGUUUCCCUGGAAUACACAACCUUACAAAAAGAAAAGAAAAAAGAAGAGAAAAUGCUUGGGAAGUUGUCUCCAAGCGUUAAAAAACAGCGAAUCUUUAACUGACACAAAUGAGGACCACCGUUUUUUUUGAAAGGUUAAAAUUUUCAUUUCCGCCUUCUUAUUAGAGUAUGGAAUCCGAGCCAAGUUUACAAUAAUACACAUCGAUAAAAUAGUCAAAUAUAAACUGCAUUUUUCUGCUCUUUUAUUUAUUCCCCUUUGACUUUGUACCGAGGAGUUGGUUUCUUAAAAUCAGCUCAUUUCAUCAUCAAUCCACUUCCUCAGGUAACGAACUCUGGCGUAGACGCCAUAUUUGCCUGGGGCGGCACAUCCAUAUCCCCAUGACACAACACCCUCGAGAUAGUACUUUCCACCUGACUCGCAAACCAUGGGGCCACCAGAGUCCCCCUGACAGGAAUCUUUGCCACCCUCUCUUAGACCAGCACAGACCAUGGAGUCAUGAAUGGAUUUGCCAUAAGCAUAUUUACAGGCAAAACGGACCGUUUAUAACUGGGACGAUGGAUGCCGUUAGUUGAUUGAUCAACCACUGAUUAAACUCGUCUGAUUACAAUUAACUUCCAUGCUUCCGAGUUAACUCCUUAACAUUGAUUUCCCUUUGUAAUUGCUUUGAUCAUAUUACUUGGUGUGUAUGCACAUAUAUUGAUUAUAAAUUAAGCUAUAUUUCUUUUCUUAAUAUGAUCUCACCUGACACGAAUGUCUCUUGGAGAUUUAUUAGGUACGCAAUGAGCAGCUGUGACAACCCAUUGUGGUGCAACUAAAGUUCCUCCACAGAAAGGAAAGCCUGAGGUAGUUCUUAUCUGUGCUUGCCACGGCCAAGCUCCUUUAGGGGCAUCGGUACCACCGACAAUUCGAGCGCGAGGUUUAAUUCCACAUUGUCCCGAGCCACCGCCACCACCGCCACCACCGCCUCCACCGCGAGUACAGUAACCACAAAGUUUUCUGACAGUUACUCCUCAGGUAUAUUUCAUAUCUUCCCUUACAGUAUCUUCGUUGUUCCCAGUUAGGGCAAUGUCCAUUCUUGUCUUCACAACCUAAAUUAUCAACCAAACGCUCUUUAAAUGUGAAAAAAACAAAAAACAAAAAAAAAAACAAGCACAACUCGACUCAUUUCCUCAUUCGAAGGAUUUCAAUCAAAAAAGAACAAGGGGGAUGGAAAUGGAAUUCGUAGACUAAAAAAUUAAGAUAGCAAGCAAAACUACAAUAACUUUGGACAGGGUGAACUAUUAACCAAAAAGAAUGCACGGUUUAAUUAGGAUAUUCAGUAUUCACAGUAAAUCUUGGCGGCUAGCAGAGUCUUCGUGGCUUCAGUGAAGAUUUCGAACGAACUGUUUCCGCGCUUGAAAAUCACAGUAAUAAACAACUUACAUUACUUCGGACGAGAUUCGAAAGAAGAAUGACUUUUGUUGCCUGAAAAGAGACUUAAAUGCUUUCUCCUGUUAGUCGCGAAGUUCUGAACUUCGUUCACACCGAUUCUGGCAACCUCAUUUCAAAUUUCUAUACAUAUAGGGUAAUCAUUGCAACGUAAAUGCUGAAUUCGUACAAUUUAACUUCCAAUUUUCUUACAAACCUCCUCGUCAAAGUUCUGUGAAAACCUAGUUUUGCCCAGAUUGUCCCAUGAGCCGGAGAGCAAACGUUUCUAGAGCAUCACGGUUAUCAUUGUAGCUAUGCUCCAAGCGCGCUUCAUCACAUUUUUCCAAAUUUAGUUGUCAAAAAACGUACACAUUAUAGAAUCAACUUUACUCACAAGCUUAAGGGUAAUCGAGACACAAAGCGUGUUACUACGUACGUUAACCCGUACGUUAACCCCGAGAUGUUAGUGUGUGAUAACCGGCUUUUGGAUCAAAAUAAGCUAAUUAUAUUAUCCUUUCUGUUACAGGACUUAAGUAUAAAAGCAACCUUAAAGUUAAAUUUAAAUUUAAGUGACUGAAAAAGUACAAAAUAAAAGUAAUUACCAUUUGCGAGACUUGCUAAGGCAGCAAGGCUCAAUACACAGACAACCAGUACAGACUGCAUGAUAAACUGCUUUAUACAAAGCGGUUUGCAAGCCUCUGAGUUUUCAUGCCUUUUAUGCACAAGAGCCAUUAAAAUUGCGAACCUGAAUAACAACAGAUGGAAAAUCCAGUAAAUAGAGGCUUGCGUAGUCAUCACAAUAUCUGUCAGAAAAUAUCUUAUCAUUAUCAUCUUUAUCUAAUACAACUGUGGUGGCGAUUUUUCCAAAACUUUGUUUAUGGCGACGUAGUUUAUGCUCAAACUUGGGAGGUAUUGACCCUGAAAAACUGUAUCGAGCCAUCUUAAAAGGCAAUAAAUUCGUAUAGGUAAUAGCAUGAUUUGUAGUGAUAUUUGGCUUAAAUACCACGAGUGAUAUUUCGAAAUUGUUAUACGUACGUACAUUGUUAUAGGCGAGAGAAGUCUGAGACAAUUUUGAAAUAUCACGAGUGGUAUUUAUCCCAAAUAUCACGUACAAAUCAUGCUAUUAUUUGUUUAUACUACUACCCGCAAUACUUUUAAAAUUUUCACAUGUAGGUAUUUCAAAUUAAGCUGAAAUACCACUGCUCUAAGCCAAUCAAAUUGUAGAAAUUUCUCGUGUAGUAGUACAACAGCUGAAAUAUUAGAGGUCAAUUUUUAUAGCAAAUAAGUUAACUUAAUUUACUCGAAACGUCGGGAGCAGAAUUGUUUCUAGUUCCAUUUUUCAUUUUUUGACUGCACCAUUUGUCAUCAAAGCCUUUGUGAGCGUUUCUAAUUUUCGAAAGUAUUUUUCAUUUUUAUUUUGAACUCAGAGGAGGAGCGAAUAGUAUCCCAUGAUGCACCUUGUUUCAUGUUAUAUUAUCACUGCGUACGUGACAUAUCAUGAUCACUACUCUUCAGCACGCGCGUAGUGAACAUCGUAGUGCUCGAUGUGUAUGGUUUCCAAACAUGUUUCGGUUCAGCAGCUUCUGCUUUUGAGAAUAUUGAGUUAGCAGAUAUUCAUUGUGCUUUAAAGAAGAAUUUCAACGUUACUUUGAAGGGUUACAUGUGUUUCACUGGUCUGUCGAGAACUACUUGUGCGCUCGGUCGCAACUACAAACACAAAGUAUGAGACUUGGCAACUGAAAGGUUCACCAGGAGAAACGAAACCAUGACUGAUCUAAAAAGUGGCUCCAACAAAACAGCCGCUACGCUGUGAAGGUAAUUGCCAAAGGAGGAUUUAUUUCAGCAUCGCGCUCAAAGGAGCUCAAUUUACAACUGCAGUUACAAAUAAAAUUUAACCUAUCGAUGCGACAAACAAUCCUCUGAAUCUACCCGGUACUGACUCACGCAAUCUUCAAGGAAAUUUCCUGACCAGAAUACUGAUCUGUUCUUUUGAAUAAUUAAAGUUUCUGAUAUAUAUUUUUUUCAAUUUCUGAGCAGGCUUGUUUAGCGUUGUACCUCGUUGUGCCGCUUGCAUGCUGCGUGGCACCUUUGUCUGGGUUCCUAUCACACUGAAACACACGGUAAUAUUUACCGCUCCUUGUUCUAAUUAAAAUAAUUAUAGUCAAAUUCCUUUUAAAAAUAACCACUAUGAAAAUACAAAGUGAUUACUUCGGCAUAAAGUGCUCUUGAAAGCGCCCAACAGAUGUAGCCUUCAGCAGGCUUUACACAUACAACACAUAUAUUAUCACACAUGGCGUUGAAAUGUGAUAAAAGAUACGAAAUUUCCGCCAUCUUUGCUCGAUAAAAAAGUCUUCAAAAUGUGGGUACUUCUGGGUACUUCUUAGCCUGUACAAUAUUCAGGACCUCAAUUUGCCGGCGUGAGGACCACAUUUGGAAGACUUCAACAUAUAAUCCAAAAAAUCGUAAAUAUUCAUGACCUUGUUGUGGGUCACUGAACACUUUGUGAUAAGAAGACUAAGUGAAACAAUGAAAAUAAAUGUUUCUAUGUUGUAAUUUCGCUCUUAAGCCAUUGCAAAUCGGAGAAGUCAUGUCAAAUAACAAAAUAAUGCAAUUUUCUUACUUUUACUGGAACACAAAUGAGAAAAAAGGCGACGAGAAAACGACCUUAUUUCACGAUGGAAUCUGCCAUGACUGCGAUAUUGCGUAAUGCAUCUGGAAAAAUGCAUCAUGGGAUACUAUUCGCUCCUCCUCUGGGUUGAACUUUUAAUUUACAGACUUGGAGCUCACUAUCGUAGCAGCAAUGUUGGAACAGAACAGGAUAUCCCAGUGGAGAAAAUCAUCUCUCAUCACAGCUACAGAAAGCCAUAUGGAAUGGCCCACGAUAUUGCUAUGGUCAAGCUAUCGAGGCCCGCUACGCUUAACAAAGCCGUUAACAUAGCGUGUUUGCCUAGUUCCGGAGGAGAUGUUGCAGAUGGCAAGAUGUGCUGGGUAACAGGUAGGAGAAAUGAGAAACUGAAAUGAUCAAAACUUCCUAAACAUUCCGUGAGCUUACAGCUCAACAGGAUCUACAUGGAAGUGCGAAGAAACUGAGUGCAUAACGGGUACAUUUAUUUUAACUGAAAAGCCAUAGGAGGGAUUUCAAUUGCGCCUCAGUCAAAUAUAAGGUGCUGCUGAAGCAGUGGAAUGCUAAUUACGAGGAAAAUUUUUGUUUAAAGAAUCUUCAUGAUCAUGCAUGACUCUUGAGGAAUAGCCCACUAACCAUUUGCACAUUAGUUUAUCAGUUUCUAUGACGGAACUGUCAAGUUUUACUCUCUACUAAUUAAAGACUCCACUCCACAUCCCCUAUAAUACACCUUGUUUGCCCCUCCCACAUUUUGCUUAAGAAAUUGUCUUCAAUUUCUCUCGUGACGACUUUAAUUCCCAGGAGAAAUUUAAAAGAAAGCUUAUACAAAAUUUAGGCGGGCAAAUAAAGUGUCAUGUAUGCAGAGUGAUGUGCAAAUGCCGAAUUUCUAAAAUAAUAUUACCCAAGGUUACGGAAUUCAGAGCACGUGUAGAUUGCUUUCAGUAGAACAUACUAGUUGUUUCUUCGAUUAUUUAAAGGAAUCCUUUAUACGUUGUAAGUAAAUGGGGUAGGCUUCUUAACCCCAAAAAGCACCGGAGCUAAACUGCAAUUUCUUUGUUGUGUCCGUUCGAAAAUGUGCUGUGUAUAUGCAAAAUGUUGAGAAGUUCUGCAUAACAAUAUGUAGUUCACGCAAAGAACAGAAGCGAGUUUUACAUUAAGCAUGGGCCAAAAUGGCACUUAUUAAGAAAUAUAAAGAUGUUUAGUUUUUAACGGAGGCCUAUAGCCAACUGACUACUUUACAUGCAAUAGUUCAGUGACGAUGUGACACAGUGUUUGGCUAAUAGAAUUAUGGAAAGACUGAAAGAUAGCCAUUUGAUAACGAACGUAAAAUCCUUCAAGCCCGCCAGCGCACAUUCUCUAAACAGAAUAGGUGGUUUUCAUGCAAUCUCGGGAGACACAAAUAACAAUGGUGAAAUGAACAAAUGCUGGUGGACAAACAAAGCGAGCUAAUGAGCGAUCUUUUGUUUACCGUCCACCAGCAUGGCGGCGAUGACGUAACGUGAAAACCACCUAUAAGAAGCCCAGCUCUGUUACUACUGAAACAACUCAAUAAUCCUCUGACAAAAAUCACUACUUAUCAGGUAUAGGAAAAAUCAAAGUUCAACCUUACCAUUUUCAAUUCCGUGUCCGGAAAGAAAAAGUUGCGGAUUCAAAAUAUCCGGAUACGUGUGGACGUAAUGUGGACGUGGCCUUUGUUCCACAAUGGAGCAUUGUAGCUUGCGUUCUUUGUUUCAAUUUUAGACCACGUGAUGGUUCCCUAGAGACGUUUCUUUUUUCGUCGAAUUUUUCCCUAUCCACGUGCAUAUGUUUGCGUAAUUAAUGAAAAGGCAAAAAGCAAAUUUGAAUGAGGAAAUCACGAGGUCUGAAUUGAGAAAAACAAAAGAAAACAAUCUUUAUUCAUCAGCACCAUCCUUUAAUAUUUUUUUGGAUGCCGUUGCUCUGAGUUUCUGAAUCGAACACGCUCUUAAAACACGUAUACAUGUUUAUCAACCAAUACAAACAGAAAUGCAGUUCUCAUUCAAGCUGUUCAAAAAUACUUGCACAAAGGAAACAAUGCGCUCUUAUGAUGACUGCAUUUCGGAGAGCACAUUUCUUCUCGUGUCUUCUUGUUUAAGUGUAACUUAAUUUGGGAACAUUUCAUUUCAUGAAAACAACUUGUUUGUGCCUUGAUGCUUUGCCAGCCGUCUAGUACUCACCUGAAGUAAAAUUUAAUGUAAGAAGAGGAACAUCUCAUAGUUUCAAAAACCCUUAUUUAGAAAUGAAGCUAAGUGAAAGAGAUUUCAUACAAUAAGUGUGUUUAUUGCACAAAAAUGAAGAAAAAAACAAAGAAAAAACACAAUGACUCUCAUAUCGGAGAUUACCAUUAUCUUCCUUUUGAGACGGUAGUUAGGGGUAGCUUAAAAGAAAUCAAUUAUAUUGUGAGUGUCAUAAUUAUGAUUAAUUAGCAUAAUUUAGCAUACAUUAGUGUUGCGCAUGCUCAUGUAAAAUCAUUGAUCCUUGCCUUAAGCUUGUUUAGCUCACACCUUGCAAAAAAGAGACGAAAAUAGGGAAAAGAAACAAGUGCAGAGCAAUUAUGUUACUAAUUGUCACGUUGUGUUAAUUUAGGGUUUGGAAGACUGGCCUCGGGUGGCGCCAUGCCUACCGCCCUGAUGCAAGUUUCUGUGCCAGUUGUGUCAGAAGCCAGCUGCAGACAAGCUUACGGUUCAUCUAUCCAUGACUCCAUGGUCUGCGCUGGGUUAAAGGAGGGUGAAAAGGAUUCCUGUCAGGGAGACUCUGGGGGACCUAUGGUCUGUGAACAAAACGGAAAAUUCUUCCUUGAGGGUGUUGUGUCAUGGGGAGUUGGUUGUGCCAGUCCAGGAAAAUAUGGCGUUUAUUCUAAUGUACGCUACUUGAAGCAAUGGAUCGAUAGUACCAUGAACAGCAACUAG